CUGUGAGGGACACAUCGUCGACGGUGCAGCGAGCCAUGACCGACGGACCACCGCGAGUCGCCGGCGUCGUCGUCGCUGGCGUUGUGCUUCGCGCGCUCAUCUUCUACUACGAGAUCGACUACGUACUUCAAUACCGCCCGGAACUCACGACGCCAUUGAAUUCGCUGGAGCGGCUUCAAGAAGGCCUCUUCCUCGCUGGCGCCGGCUUGGACCCAUACGCUGGCGACGUGUUCCACCAGCCGCCGCUCGUGUUGCUCGCCGCCAUGGGCGUGCAAUCGAUGCCUCUUCACCUCUCGAGCCGGCUCGUGACGUGCCUCGGCGCGAUUCUUCUCGACGUCCUCAUUGCACUCGGCUUUGCCUCGGUCUGCCGCGCGUUCAUUGCGACGCAGCACGCGCAGCAGUCGGAGAACAGCAAGGUGUGGCUCAACCACCCACCGCUCUCGCCGCUGCUGCAGCCCCGCUACCUCCCGCUGACGGUGGCUGCCGUGUACCUCUUCAACCCGUGGUCGCUCGCCACGUCCCUCGUGCGCUCGACCAGCCUCGUCACGUACGCAGCGAUCGUGUGGAGCGUGGCGUUCGCCAUGCAGCACCGCGUUCCGCUCGCGAUCUGCCUGCUCGCGAUCGCCACGUACAUUGCCGUGUACCCCAUCGUGCUCUUGCCGGCGCUGCUUCUCAUGGCGUAUCCAACCAAGCCCGUAUUGUCGGCGUCGUGGGGUCUUGCCACGAGCUUCUUUCUCCUGUACCUUGGGCUCUUUGUCUACCUCUCCAAGGUCGUCAUGGGCGGCUGGGGUUUCCUCGAUGCGACGUAUCUCUGGGUCGUCCGGUAUCCUGAUUUGACGCCCAACAUUGGCAUCUUUUGGUACUUCUUCAUGGAGCUCUUUGACCGGUUCCGGAACUACUUCCUCUUCCUUCUGCACGUGCACCCGCUGCUGUACGUGCUGCCCGUCUACCUGCGCCUGCAAUGCCGUCCGCUGGCCGCCACGGGCGUGCUGCUCGGGAUCUUCGCCAUCUUCGUAGCCUACCCCGCGCUGGGCGACUUUGGGCUCUUUGGCACGAGCCUGCUCUUACACCCGCGGUCGCUCAUCGGCAUGCGCCACACGUUUGUGCUGGCGACGGGCCUCGCGGUCGCGACCGUGCUCCUCCCCGUGAUGCACUACCUCUGGCUCUUUCCGGGCUCUGGCAACUCGAACUUUUUCUACAACCAGACGCUCGUGUUCCAGCUCUUUGGCGUCAAGGUCGUUGCCGAGUUCCUCACGGCGACGCUGCGCCGCGACAAGCAGCUCGACGAGUUUUGGAAGACGGCCAAGACCAUGGGCUAGUGAGGUUUGCAUACAAAACAUACACGGCGCGACGCGCCACUAAGAACCUACUCGUCUUGCUUUUGCUUCUUCU